AGCUACUUAUUCUCCUCUACGUCGCUUACGAAGGAGGCAGUCGUACUUCCAACUACGCCUUCCUUCCAACAAUCGAGCGCGGGGAAGUGGGAAAUACGUUCAUCCAUCGAUACAUAUCUCCCGUACAAGCCACUCUCUCACAGACCCUUAAAGCGGAAAAGAAGAAGUUUUAAAAAAGAAAAAAAGAAAGAUGGUCUUGGCGGAACUUGGACAGAAAAUUGGACAGGCGAUCUCGCGCAUGUCCGCGAAGUCGGUCCUGGGCGAGGACGACGUCAAGGAGCUCCUGAACGAGAUCGCCCGUGCGCUGCUGCAGGCGGAUGUGAACAUCAACAUCGUCAAGAAACUGCAGGUGAGCAUCAAAACAGAACUGGCGCUCGCCGAGGAGGGCGCCGGGCUCAACAAGCGUAAAAUUCUGCAGAACGCCGUCUUCAGCGGCCUCAAGCGCAUCCUGGACCCCGGCGUCAAGCCGUUUAUGCCGGUGAAAGGAAAGCAGAACGUGGUGAUGUUUGUGGGCCUGCAGGGCUCCGGCAAGACGACCUCCUGCACCAAGUACGCCGCGUACUUCCAACGUAAAGGCUUCAAGACGGCUCUCGUGUGCGCGGACACCUUCCGGGCCGGUGCGUACGAUCAGCUUCGCCAGAACGCGACCAAGGCGAAGGUGCGCUUCUACGGCUCGCUGACCGAGGCCGACCCCGUCACCAUCGCCAAGGAGGGCGUCGCGGAGCUCAAAAAGGAGAAGUACGACCUCAUCAUCGUCGACACCAGCGGCCGGCACAAGCAGGAGUCGGCGCUUUUUGAGGAGAUGAAGCAGGUCGAGGUGGCGGUGAAGCCGAACGACAUCGUGUUUGUGAUGUCCGCCACGGAUGGCCAGGCCGUGGAGGAGCAGGCGCGGAACUUUAAGGAAAUGGUCGCCGUCGGCUCCGUCAUCGUCACGAAGCUGGAUUGCCAAACCAAAGGCGGCGGUGCCCUCUCUGCUGUGGCGGCUACGCACAGCCCAAUCGUCUUCAUCGGUACAGGGGAGCAUUUCGACGACUUCGAUCUCUUUCAGCCGGAGCGCUUCGUACAGAAGAUGCUGGGGAUGGGUGACAUCGGCGGGCUGAUGGACACGAUGCGGGACGCCAACAUUGAGGGCAACGAGGAGCUGUACAAGCGCCUGCAGGACGGCCAGUUCACGAUGCGCGACAUGUACGAGCAUCUGCAGAACGUCCUGAAGAUGGGCUCCGUGGGGAAGAUUAUGGAGAUGUUGCCUGGGAUGUCGGGUCUGGCGGGCACCGCCGGCCAGCAAGGCGACAUUGCCCUGAAAGGCUUCAUUCACAUGCUGGACAGCAUGACCGCGGCGGAGUUGGAUGAGGCAAAGGUGAAGAAGAUGAUGACGCCGUCCCGCAUGCACCGCAUUGCCCGCGGCAGCGGCCACUCCGUCAUUGAGGUGCAAAACUUGAUUCUCAGCUACACCAAAUUUGAGGAGAUUGUGAAGAAGAUGGGUAAGAUGAACUUCAAGGCAAUGACGCAGGACCCGACCGGACUGGCCUCCGGCCGCAUGGGGCAGCAGCAGAUGGGGCAACUGGCGAAGUUGCUGAACCCGAACAUGCUGCGUCAGCUCGGCGGCAUGGGCGGGCUGCAGGGCAUGAUGAAGCAGAUGCAGCAGGGCAUGGGUGGUGGGCCGGGGGGCGGGAUGCCGGGGGGGAUGCCGGACAUGUCGGCAAUGGCCAACAUGAUGCAGAUGAUGCAGGGCCAGCAGAGGGGCGGUCGCCGGUAG